AUGAUUUGGGCUUAAUUAGCAAAAAAACUGGCCGAAAAAACUGAAACGAAACGGAGCGAGAGAGAAGGGGGGCAGGCGGUCUUGAUCGACUGGAAUGGAAGAGUACAGAACGGUUCUUAAGGACGUGUUUGGCGAAUCAUCAGAUAGCGAAGGCGACGAGCUGCAUAAACACCAAAUCCAAUUCGAAAGUCCAAACAAUGGAGUUCAAUCUGAGUCCAUCUUUGGGGAAAACCCCAGUUGGGAACGAGUUGCUGAAAUCAAUGGCCUGCGGCUUUGCAGAGACUUUCUUUCUCUUGAUCAACAGUCUUCAUUGCUCUCAACAAUCGAAAACGAAGGAUGGUUUACUGAAGCCUCUCACAAUCAGGCUAUGAGAUUUGGAGAUCUUCCAGUAUGGGCAACUGAGCUUGCUAAUUUAGUUCGUGAGGUGGUGCAUUUUAGUGAUUAUGUUUCUGAAUUUGUGGACAUAGCAGCUUCUGACGAUGGUAAAAAUGCCUAUCUUUUCCCAUCAAAAUUACUUUGGAGAGAGCCUCUCUUUGACCAACUAAUUAUCAACUUAUACCAACCAGGUGAGGGAAUCUGCGCACAUGUUGAUCUUAUGCGCUUUGAAGAUGGAAUUGCCAUUGUCUCCCUGGAGUCAUCUUGCGUGAUGCAUUUCAGCCGAGUUGAAAGUGACGCCGGCAUUAUUACAAAGGAAUCAGAAGGUGAUCCACACAAGGCCAAGAUUCCUGUGUUUUUAACCCCAGGAUCUUUAGUCUUGAUGUGGGGAGAAGCCCGCUACCUUUGGAAACAUGAGAUAAAUCGAAAGCCAGGUUUUCAGAAGUGGGAGGGGAAAGAUAUUGACCAGAAAAGAAGAACCUCCAUUACUCUAAGGAAGCUUUGCCACAGCGAGUAGGGUGCCAUAGCACUUCAACAUAUGAAUGAAUCGUUUUAUCAUGUUCUGUGAACUUCAAUGGAGAACAGUGAGCUUAGUUUGUAUGUUCCCAUAGUAUUCUUAAUUGUUGGAUUAUGAGCAAACUGUUAACGUGGUGUUUUGGAUUUGAAAAGGCCGUCUUAUUACCUUGGGAUUGGAAGGCAAAUCUAAUUCAAAAUUAUACACUUUCUUGUU